AUGCCAAUUCUCCUUCAGUUUCUCCUAAUUUUGUUCUCCCAGACAACUCAAGGCCACAUUUCUCACGGGUAUCCACUUUGUCCUCAUCCUAUCAUUGAUCUUAAUGAUCCUGACCGGUUCCAGUUGGUUCAACAAGUCUCAAGGGCUUGCAAGGAAUACGGAUUCUUUCAGAUCACCAACCAUGGAGUCCAGCAAGAAUUAUGCGAACGAAUGAUGGGUGCUAUUACUGAAUUCUUCGAAUUGCCUCCUGAAGAAAAGGCACAAUUCUUUACAACCGAACUCACCAAGCAAGUAAAGCUCCUCAACUACUAUCUCAAAAUUGAUGGCCAGGACGAGAAAGUCACCAUGCGGAGUGAGUCCUUCUCUCACCCUUGGCAUCCUUUGGAUGAUAUCAUCCAUCUUUUACCACAAAACCCUCCUCAAGAGGUUGUUGCUGAAUGUGGAGAGGAGGUACGUGCUCUGAUUAAUAGACUUCUCAGCUUAAUAUCUCAAGGACUUGGACUAGAGAAGGGUGUCUUAAAGAAGAGGCUGGCUGUUCACACUGGUCUUAGUACACUGGCUGUGCUUAGACAGUCAGAAGGUGUGGGUGGCCUCCAGGUGAUCAAAGAUGGGAAAUGGGUUGCCGUCGACCCUGUCCCAAAUGCAUUUGUCAUCAAUAUAGGCGAUCAGAUUCAGGUAAUUUAG